GAGAAAAUUUGGGUGCGUCUUUCACUCUCUUUGUGUAAGGUCUUCUUCCCUUUAAAAAAAAAAACGGAUUUUUCUCCCUACUUGGAUCUUUUUGCCUUUCUAUGAAAAAACCCUAAUUUUGCAGAUACCCCAUUUUUUUGUUAAUCAUUCUCAGAUCACCAUGGCCAAGAGCUCCUUCAAAUUGGAACACCCACUUGAGAGGCGACAAGCUGAAGCUGCUCGUAUCAGGGAGAAGUACCCUGAUAGAAUACCGGUGAUUGUGGAGAAGGCUGAAAGAAGUGACAUCCCUGAUAUUGACAAGAAAAAGUAUUUGGUUCCGGCGGAUCUGACCGUUGGACAAUUUGUGUAUGUUGUUCGAAAGAGGAUUAAGCUCAGCGCUGAGAAAGCCAUUUUUAUCUUUGUGAAGAAUAUCCUCCCCCCUACAGCUGCCAUGAUGUCCGCCAUUUAUGAGGAACACAAAGAUGAGGAUGGCUUCCUGUACAUGACCUACAGUGGCGAGAAUACCUUUGGAUCCUGUUUCUCUGAAUCCUCAGAAUCAAGCCGAUUCGUCUGCAAUGGCGACGUUUGUGUUCUUCGUGAUCACAACAAAGUCAUUGAUCAGAAGAAGAAGAAGAAGAUAAGCUUGAGGAUCCCCUUUUCUCCCCGCAAAUAGUGAAAAAAGAACUAGUGAUUCUAUUUCUGAUCUUGUACGACAAGAUUCCUGGGCGGAAGGUGGAUUUUGAAUAGCAGAUCAGAAGGAUUAUGAAUUUCUGAAUCUCAGAGACGGAUUCCGGAUUCAAACUCAAUGAGUUCUGUCCGUAAGUUAUUUAGCAUUGAAAUCGCUGUAUUUUAAAAAAAAUAUAUUAUAGUUUCGGACCUAUUAUUUAUUAUUGCAAUCGUAGUGAAUGUUUAUGUGUAAAUUUAUGUUCCGUUAGUGGAUUCAGUUGAAUCGCAGCUGCUGCAUCUGUCUCUAUUUCUGAUACUAGACUUUUUGUUGUAUAGAGAACUUGUAGUAAAUCAGUAUUUUUAUUUUAUAUAAUAUUGACGGAGCUUGAAUGAAAUUACAUUGGCCAGUGAAAAUUUAUAUAGCUAUGCAAAACCGACAGAAAAAUCUUAAUAGUUCAAUUAAUUGGUUAUCUGAACUUUCACCUUAUUGGUAAGAGUUCGAUUCUCCACUCUGUUUCUGUAAUCUCCUCAAAUUUUGAAUUUAUGAGUUCAAAGUUGGAAUUCUACCGGGUCUCGCAUAAAUUUUUUGGAUUCGAAAUCUAUUAAGUCUAGUGGAUCUUUUAACACACGUACAAGGCCUACGCAAAACUAGUUCCUUCAUAAAACUAUUUAAUUCGAAUGAAUCCUUAGCUCCUUCACUAGAUUCGGCCCAGUUUCUUUGAUUUUUUACUUGGUGUCCGAAGGUCGUAGAGUCCCGACUAAAUCCGGAGCAAGACCCAUCCGCUCCAGUUGAUAUAGAACCAUAACAUACAUGCAGAAAUAAGCAAACUUCAAACUUUAAAGUUCUUAGUAUUGAUAUAAUAUUUGUUGCAAUUUUAGUUAUUUGCACUGGAGUUUAAUCGGACCAUAGCGUAUAAGCUGCACCUACCUCAGCAUGAGAGAUUGACUAGCUGCCAUCAAAUC